UCCUAUAUUUGAAGUAAACCAGAAUAACGGGGCGCUAUACGUCAUUAGCCAUAUUGACCGGGAGGAGCUCUGUAAAGACCGCGGCUCAUGUCUAGUAGAGCAAAAAAUCCUCGGUCGAGAACCCCUUGGAAAUGCACUAUGUCACUGUAGAAAUUACUGAUGUUAAUGAUAAUUUUCCUAGUUUUCCUGAAACACAGCAGACAAUAGAAAUAGCGGAACAUACGCUUCCUGGACGGAGAUUUCAGCUACACAAUGCUCACGAUCCAGACGCCGGAAUAAACUCAGUUCGUACAUACACUUUAACAACAAAUGAAUAUUUUGACAUAAACAUACGUCAAAGCGACACAGGAAUGAUUCCAUUUUUGAUCCUUAAGAAGUCGUUAGACAGAGAACAAAAAGACAAACACGAAUUAGUGGUGACGGCUGUCGAUGGCGGUAAACCUCCGAAGUCCGGGAAAUUAAAUAUCAACAUUAUUGUUUUGGACAUUAAUGAUAACCGUCCCGUAUUCAGUCAGGAGAUUUAUCAGUUGUCAAUAAAAGAAAAUAUUCCUCUCGGUACAACAGUGUUUAGAAUGAAUGCGACUGAUGUCGACGAAGGAGUCAACGGGGAAAUUGAGUACAACCUUGGAAAAACAUUAUUGCGCAAAGUGUUUGAUAUUUUUGAAUUGGACAAAGUAAAGGGAGAAAUAGUCGUAAAGGGUUUAGUGGAUUAUGAGGAAAAAAACACGUAUGAACUGGAUGUUGAGGCAUCAGACAAAGGGACGCCUCCAUUAACGGGUGAGUGUCGAUUGAUAUUAAAGAUUUUAGACGUAAAUGAUAAUCCACCAGAAAUUGAAGUCACGUCCCUGUCAAAUACUGUAUCUGAAGAUUCAAAACGGGGGACGGUUAUAUCAUUACUUAGUUUUUCCGAUAAAGAUUCCGGCAUGAAUGGAAAAAUAAUAGCGAAUAUAAUAAAUGAUGUACCUUUUGAAUUAAAGCCGUCUUAUAAAGAAAACAUAUAUUCAGUUGUUGUCAAAGACAAUUUGGACAGAGAGGAGGUGUCAGAUUAUGACAUCCAAAUAAAAAUCACUGACUGCGGUGACCCCCCAUUAUCUACCAUUAAAAGCAUAAAAAUUGAAGUUUCAGAUGUAAAUGACAACAGUCCUCAGUUUUCCUAUAACGUAUUACAAAUUUACAUAGCGGAAAAUAACGUUGCAGGAGGUUCGAUAUUCUCUGUUAGCGCCACAGACAAUGAUUUGAACGAAAACGCAGUCAUUUCAUACAGUAUCCGUAGAGAUAUAAAUGAAAAUAGUGUAGCAUCCUUUUUAAACAUCAACUCGGAAAAUGGAGAAAUAUUUGCGCUAAAGAGUUUUGACUUUGAAACGCUAAAAACUUUCCAGUUCCAAGUUGUCGCCACUGAUUCUGGGACUACGUCACUGAGCAGCAACGUCACAGUGAACGUGUUCAUUCUGGAUCAGAACGACAACGCUCCAGUCAUCCUGUAUCCACUCAGCUCCAAUGGUUCUGCUGAAGGUGUGGAGGAGAUUCCACGCAACGUGAACGCAGGACACUUGGUGACUAAAGUCAGAGCCUAUGACGCUGAUAUAGGAUAUAAUGGCUGGUUGCUGUUUUCACUGCAGGAAGUUACUGACCACAGUCUGUUUGGUUUGGACCGCUACACUGGACAGAUCAGAACACUUCGCUCAUUCACAGAGACAGACGAGGCUGAACAUAAACUGGUCAUACUGGUCAAGGAUAAUGGCAACGUUUCACUAUCAGCAACAGCUACUGUGAUUGUUAAACUGGUGGAACCAAAAGAGGCUUUUGCAGCUUCUGAUGUUAAAAGUGUAGCAACGGAUGAUGAGGAGGAUAACGUAACUUUUUAUUUGAUGAUCACUUUGGGCGCAGUUUCAGUUCUUUUUGUCAUCAGUAUCAUCAUCCUAAUUGCUAUGCAGUGCUCCAAAUCCCCAGACUUUGCUUCUAAAUAUCUCCAAGAGACUAAUUAUGAUGGGACACUGUGUCACAGCAUCCAGUACAGAUCUGGAGACAAACGCUACAUGUUAGUUGGACCCAGAAUGAGUAUUGGAUCUACUAUAGUACCUGGAAGUCAUGCAAUACACUAGUGUUGCCUGACAGGAGGAGAACAUCUGAAGAGGUAGGUAAUUUAUUAUCUUUUCAUAAAGAUAAUAAUAGGAAGCGUUUGCAUCCUAUCGGACAGAAUAUAU